GUCAAUAUUCCGACGCGGCGCGUAUAAAUCUCCGAUGUGUACCCGCGGCUUCAUCUUCGAUCGCCUUCAGUCCUGGUGUUCCACUAAGUCUCGUCUGUUCCCUAAUUUUUCUGCAUCAGUUUCUUCCGCAUUGCCAAUUUUCUAUAUUUGGAUUCUGAAAUUUAAACAUCCCGAUUUCUCCAUUUCCCCUUUGGUUCUUCCUGCUCGGUUAGAAUCCAAUCCCCUUUUUUUUUUUCCACCUUAAAUCUCCCAUAGAUUUCUUCUUCUGCUCCUCGGAUCAAUCGCCCUGAUUUGUUGUCGUCAAGGCUACAGUUCCCCGAAGCCUCUCUCAGGGUUCGUGCGGAGUUUCAUCAUUUCCCUUGGAUUCUGUGUAGUGGAUUGGUAAUUUUGUAUUUCUUGAUCCAUUUUAGGCGGGAAUGGAUCGCUAGUCGUCGAUUUUUCUUUUCAGUGCUUGUUUUCUUUUUCUUUUGAGUGGUCGAUUUUUUCAUUUCAUCAUCUUACUGUGCUGGUGAUGGUCGCUGAAUCUUGAACUGUGAAUUUUUUUUAAUGUAAUUUCUUGGAUCGUUUGUUCUUUGAAUACCGAACCACUAAUUUGGCUGUUUCAUUUUCGUCCUCGUUGAAAAUGUCGUCUAUGGGUGUUAUUGCUCUUUGUCCUGUUCAGAAUGACCACUUAUUUUCCCCUAAUCGCUUAAUUGCUCCAUCGAUUUUGGAAUCUGAUGAAUCCAUUUGGAUAUACGUUUCUGUUUCGGGCUCUAUGAGUCCUAUGCCCAUCUUUGCAUCGGAAUCAAUUGAAUCUGUGAAGUUAAGGAUCCAAUCCUGCAAAGGAUUUGUGGUGAAGAAACAAAAGUUAGUUUGUGGAGGUCGAGAAUUGUCUCGAAAUCGUUCGUUAGUUCGGGAUUAUGGUGUUACUGAUGGUAAUGUGUUGCAUUUGGUGCUGAGGCUGUCUGAUCUUCAGGUCAUUAAUGUCAAGACUUAUUGUGGGAAGGAGUUUACCUUCCAUGUCGAGCGCGAUAGAGAUAUCGCUUAUGUCAAAGAGAAGAUCGGGAAGAAGGUAAAGGAAUUUGUGGACACUGAUGAGCAUGAAGUAGUGUGUGGUGGAAGAGCUCUAGAUGAUCAUAGCCUUGUAGCUGAUAUUUGUAAUAGGAAGGAUGCAGUCAUACAUUUGUUUGUUCGGAAGUCUGCGAAAGUUCGUGGCCGACCUGUUGAUAAGAACUUUGAGCUCUCUAUUGUGGCAUCGAAUUUCAAAGAAGAAUGUAAAUCUGAGUUUUCUAGGGGAAGUGAUCAGAAGAAGAAAUGCAAUGAGGAUACAAAAGUUUAUACGACAAACUAUGAAUAUGACAAAAAAAUUGCACCAAGAAGGCCUUCUCCUAAUGGAGGUAGCUUCAUGGAGCCCAUUGUCGUUAACCCGAAGAUCGAAAUACCAAUACCGAUCUGGGAUAUGCUGAACUCGACUAUAGAUGGUUUAGACCAUGGGCAUUUUCCAGUUAGGUCCUUGGAGGGAACUGGCGGAGCGUAUCUAAUGUUAGACUCAUCAGGAAAGAAGUAUGUGUCAGUUUUUAAGCCAAUUGAUGAGGAGCCAAUGGCUGUGAACAAUCCGCGAGGGCUUCCAUUGUCGUUAGAUGGCGAAGGGCUAAAGAAAGGAACCCGAGUUGGAGAAGGAGCAUUCAGAGAAGUUGCAGCUUACAUUUUAGAUCAUCCAGUAAGUGGACACCGUUCAAUGUUCGGCGACGAUAAUGGCUUUGCUGGUGUUCCUCCUACAGUAUUCGUCAAGUGCUUUCACGACGGGUUCAGCCAGAGCCAUCGUAGCGAGAAAUCGAUUAAAAUCGGUUCCCUGCAGAUGUUCAUGGAAAAUAAUGGUAGUUGUGAGGAUUUUGGUGCUGGGGCUUUCCCUACUAAAGAGGUGCAUAAAAUCUCUGUUUUAGAUAUCAGAUUGGCAAAUGCAGAUAGACAUGCUGGAAACAUUCUAUUGGGAAAAGAAAGAGAAGGGGGUCGAACUGUGCUUAUUCCGAUCGACCAUGGAUACUGCUUGCCAACAAGCUUUGAAGAUUGUACAUUUGAGUGGCUGUAUUGGCCACAAGCCCAGCAACCAUAUGAUGCAGAGACAUUAGACUACAUACAAUCACUGGACGCAGAGGAAGAUAUUGGCCUUCUGAAGUUCCAUGGAUGGGAGCUGCCUCUUGAAUGUGCUCGUACGCUUCGCAUCUCGACCAUGCUUUUGAAGAAAGGGGCAAAGAGAGGGCUCACGCCAUUCGAGAUCGGUAACAUAAUGUGUCGAGAAAACUUGACAAAGAAAUCCGUGAUCGAGGAGUGCGUGGAAGAAGCAAUGGAUUCUUUGCUUCCUGGUACAAGUGAAGCAACAUUCCUUGAAACUGUAUAUGAAAUAAUAGAUCACCGCCUGGAUCUGAUUGCUGCUUCAUUGUCCUGACGGGGAAGGUUAUAAAAAAAAAAGACCAUUUUAGUAACAACUAAUAAUAGGUGUAAUUAAAUUUACAAUAUGUGGAUAAUGCACAUAUGAUGUUAAUGAAAUAUUAUUACUAUGUACCAACGACCGACAGGACUGUUUUCUGUUC